CCCGGGUAUUUCAAGUAGUCGUGAUAUGCUCGUAAUGUGCAUGCCAUAACACACAAUGAGCGACUCAUCAUUAUCAGAUGUGCCUAUUGGCCUUGACGACAUUGGCCUUGAUGAGGUUAAUGAGCCAACCUUACCUACCCUUAUUCCGUCGCUCUGUCUCCAGACGCCACGCACAAUGCUUCCACCAAGCUCCUCACCGCUAUUUGUUAAGAAUCUAUAUAGGCGUACACUGUUGGACACUACACCACCAACUAUUCGGGUUAUCUGUAACCAGCCAGACUGCGGAUACUCACCGCAGCCAUUGGUAUUCUCGGAUAAAUCAACUGGCAACUUAUGGAAGCACUACACCCAAAAGCACCCGCAAAUCUCAUUUACCAUGAGAAAGAAUCACCAGCUACAAGCAGCAUCAAGUCCGUCAAGUAGCUCAUCAUUCUUUGAGCUAAAGAAGACAACGGCUAAGCAGCCAGUCAAUGCAUCAAAGUAUAGAGAUUUACUGCUCCAAUUUGUAGUAUCAAAAAAUCUGUCAUUACGCCUUGUUGAUAGUCUAUCUUUUCGUCAAAUUAUUCAAUUCUUAAGCCCUAUUACUUUGUCAGUAUCUGCUAGAACGCUACACCGCGACCUUCAAAGGCGGUUCUCACUAUGCUGUGCUCAGUUAAGGAACCUAAAACACCACACAAUCUAAUAGAGCUAGCAAGUCAAACUACGCAUCUUAAAGAUCGCAUUAUAUGCCAUCAAAAUAGCUCACCAACUCCUAUUAACAAUGCGCUAGACCAGUUGUUAAGAGGUGCUCAAACAAUGGUGCAUUCUGCUGUUCUAAUAAAGGCGGAAGUUCAGGCCUUACAACAAGCAAAUGAAGUUGCAAGUCAGCGCAAAAAGCGAAAAAAAAAAGCGUAUACAACAAGGAGGGUGCUUUACAAUUCAAGAAGGUCAGGAUGUACUUGCUCACCUAGCUGUGGAAGAGCAGAUAUCUCAAGAACUACGACAGGGUGGUGGGGUUGAAAGACAGCAACGACGCUGCAGAAUGUGUGGUAAGACUGGGCAUAAUGCUCGCACAUGUCAAAGGGAUUAAGAAGAUACUAUAGAAUAGGUG